UUUAGGCUGGCAUUGGACAGUGAUGGAAAUACAGAUAGCAGUGACAGUGACUCUGAAAACAGUAACACAGCCACCAACAGUGUAAGUCUACAGAAAAGAAGAGACUCCAAUCUAUGGCAGCCACAUUUCCCCAUCACUAUAAAGUCUACUAGAGAGGUUGCAGGAUAUAACACAAUUAGUGAAGCAUUCAGGAGACUUGACUUUAGAAAUGCUGUGAAAGAUAUAAGAAGAUUUAAUUACAUCUGCAAGCUUAUUCAUCUUAUCAUCAGUCAAAAUUUGACAACACUAAGUGGUUGUGCAACCAAAGUUCUCUUUGCUUUGUUGGAAGAAGUAGCAGGUCAAGUUGCAAGCAAUCAACAAAAUAUUCACAUGCUUCAAGCCAUCUUACAGGAUCUAAAGAAAACCAUGAGAAAGUACUACUGUUGGGGGCGACCUCUGGGGAGCACAUUACUCUGGGAGCAGCACCUUCGGACUAUUGAGAGGAUCUGUUUGUUUGCCAGCAGUAUAGAAAUCAAAGAACCUAAAGAUGAUGGAAGUCUUAAGCUAACACACCUCCCAGCAGAGUUGAUCAGAGAAAUCCUUCUACGUCUCUGUGACUACCGAGAUCUUAUUAGUUCAGGACAGGCUUACGACGUAAUGCAGGCUUUGAUUAAUGAGCAACACAUCUGGCGUAGACUCUGUUGUUUUCACUUCGCUCGGCAGCAAGUUCGGCAUGCUCUUGAAAUGUAUAAAAAUAAAUCGGGACGUCCUAUGAAGAUUGACUGGCAGGAAGUUUUCCAUCAUCUUCGAAAAGUGUUUGGUUUGAAGGAGGAAUAUGCUGACUGUCUCUUCCUGUGUCGCCAUUGUCGCUGUUUGUUCUGGAAGUCAUUUGGCCAUCCAUGUGUGGACACUACACCUCAACAGCCAAAUGAAGAAGAGGAGACAGUGGGAAAUAUGGAAGGACUGGAAUAUAAGGCCAGUGUUCCCGAGUGUAUUCCGGUUCCACCCCAGGCUUUUCUUAAGUUCUUCUCUUUGUGACCCUGUGUUUUAUCAACCUUGGAUAGGUGAUCUAGCCUGUGAUUGAAAUAUCUGAUAUUCUCAGUGACUGAUGUUUUUGACUUUCUUCUUCAGUUCCUCUGCUUAUUAUCUAUAGGGCCUGCAGGCUGGGCCUUAAUGUACAUAGCAUAUCUGUAAACUUUAGCUCCCAGCCAAGGGUAGGAUGGAUAUAUUUCUUCAUUGUUGUAGUCACAAUGUGUUCUCAGAAAAUGAAGUCUUUACUGUCAACUUCCACGUUAAUACUUUUGUAUAGUAAUAUUAAUAUUGUUUGUGUUUAGUGUGAUGCAAUACUCUAAAUUUUCAGAUUAUUAAGGACAAUAAUUUAACCUGAUAUCGAUUAUACUGUUAAAUUGAUGCAAGAACUUAAACACUAAAUAAGUAGUUUAUUUACGUUGAAGUAUGAAAAUGUGAUGCUUUUAGUAGGGAUCUUGGUUUCUAAGAGUGGUAACACUUUACCUAGGAUACCACGAAGAUUAAGUAACACUUUACCUGGGAUACCACGAAGAUUAGGUAACACUUUACCUGGGAUACCACGAAGAUUAGGUAACACUUUACCUGGGAUACCACGAAGAUUAGGUAACACUUUACCUGGGAUACCACGAAGAUUAGGUAACACUUUACCUGGGAUACCACGAAGAUUAGGUAACACUUUACCUGGGAUACCACGAAGAUUAGGUAACACUUUACCUGGGAUACCACGAAGAUUAGGUAACACUUUACCUGGGAUACCACGAAGAUUAGGUAACACUUUACCUAUGGUACGACAAAGGUUGGGCAACACUUUACCUAUGGUACGACAAAGGUUGGGCAACACUUUACCUAGGAUAUCAAAAAGUUGGAUAAUGCUUUACUUAGGAUGUUGCAAAGGUUGGAUAACGAUUUACCUAUGAUGUCACAAAGGUUAACAGGUACUGUUGCCUAUCACUAUUUACAUUUUAACAUAGUGUGACAGAUUUCUUUAUCUACCACUUUAUCCACAUUUUAACGUAUCUUGAUCUAUGCUAGAUCCUGCACAGUAUAAAACAGUAUCAAGAAUUGUGCAUUUAUAAAGAACUGCAGAAAUCUGAAUUAAUAAUUUCAAACCGUGUUUUCAAAUUCCCAAUGACAGCUACUGUUCUCUGGUAAUUUUCCUCUCUCUUGUUUCUAGUCUUUCUUUCAUCAUCUCUUAAAGUUGAAAGCAAGCAUACAUUUUGUGAGAUAAGUAUUACAUUUGAGCAGUAUUUUAGCAUUGUUAGUUGCAAUCGAAGUUGUUUGGUAUUAUUACUGCUUAAUGAGUUGCAUUUUUAGAAUUUAGUUGUGACUAACGCCAGUGUUUGCUCUGAAUGUAGUACAGUAUUAUUUGGAUGUUAGUUUAGUUAUCAGGUAAUGUAUAAAUUGCUAGUCAAAUUUGACUUUGAAAACAAGAGAUGAAAGCAAAAUAUUUUGACAGGACUUCAUAUACGUCAUCUUGCUGACAUACGCAAGACAACUUGAAUAUUUGAGUAACGACAUAGUUAAUAGAGGGCUUCUUGUAACUAAAACUACUUUAUUAUGCACAUUUUUAUUUAAAUAUCAUAACUGAUGUUUUUAGUCUUUCUUUGAAAUGUUGACAGCAUUUUACGUGACUGUCUGAUAGAUCCUUUUGAAAAAUUUUGAUUACUCUUGUUUGCAACAACUAGAAACUUUGACCCCAAUUCUUUCAUUGCUAGAGUUAAAGAUGAGAUAUUUGAACAGUAGCCUCUCUUGUAUGAUGAAUGUUUUACUAUUAUUGUUUUCUUUAAUCUUCUAUAUCCAUUUUCUGGAAUACAAAAUGCCUAAAAUAAAAUGACAUAUAAAUCAUGACUUACAUUAAGAACUUUUAGUUAUGUUAAUGAUUCACUGUUAUAAAGGUUACACAUGCUUAGGAAGACUUGUUUACAGCUUUACACUCAAGAGAAACUUCUCAAAUGUUUAGUUUGAUAUUUUAUAGUUGUGCCUUGCAGUAUUUUGAUAAUAUAUUUUGGUUAUACUUUUAAUCAAAAGUCAGUUACCAAAAUUAGCUGAUUAGUAUUGUCCACAUCUUAGUCAACAUUGUUGUAAUACGUUUAUUAAUAAUACAUUAGGUAGAGAUAUUGAGCAUUUGUUGGUAGUCUUCUCAGCCAGAUGUGUGUACACACUUUUUAGACAUAUCAUGCGAUUUAUAUAUAUUUCUUUUAAUAAUUAAAAACUGUACAGGUAUUUGAAUAGAAUGCUCAAACUUAGAAAUUCCCCACUUAUUGUAUUCAAUAAAUAACAUAAUUAAUAUAGUGUGAGUGAAAACAACAUUUUCUCUGCAAAAGUUUGGAUAAAAAAUGAAAAUCUUUUAACUUUUAACAGAGUAUUUUAUCUUCUAAAUCUAUCCUGGAGAAUAAUCUUCAUUAUUUUUGGAUUUUAACUAAUUUUUGCUUAAAAUAUAUCCUGUCAAUGUUAGAUCUGAUAGGAUUUUUUUCAGAGAACAAUUGUUAGAUUCAUUUGAAUGGCAUCACAGAUUAUUGUUAGUAUGUAGUAUAAUUACGUGACAGCAAGCUUUUUUUCUCAUUUUUAUAUAUUAUUUUAUAUUUGAAGGGGGUGUUUUUACUGUGAUAACUGUUAAUUGUCUAAUAUAUUUGCUCGCUUCUCUAUAUUUGUUUUGUGAUUAUUGGCUUUACUGUAGUUUGGAAGCAUUUCUGUAGAUCAAGAAAUAUAUUUGAAAAAUUGUUUCAACAAACAUGUGACUUAAUUCCUUAAUUUAGAAAGGCAACUAGCAGUAUGCUGCAAAGUUGUGGAUCUAAAUAUUACGUUAUAACAGUUAAUUAAGGUAGUUGUGUUUUUUUCUUUGUAAUGUAACAUUUAGUUAGGGUAGUUGUUGUGUUUUUUUCUCUGUGAUGUAACAUUUAGUUAGGGUAGUUGUUGGGUUUUUUCUCUGUGAUGUAACAUUUAGUUAGGGUACUUGUUGUGUUUUUUUCUCUGUGAUGUAACAUUUAGUUAGGGUAGUUGUUGUGUUUUUUUCUCUGUGUUGUAACAUUUAGUUAGGGUAGUUGUGUUUUUUCUUUGUGUUAAUAGCAGAUGUAUUACAACUGUAAAUAUUAAUUUUUAUUUUUUUUCUACUCUAAGAUGAUUGAUUAUUUCAUCAUAAUAUUAAGCCUAAAGACUGGUUGACUCGUAUAGACUGUUACUUCUUUUUUGUUCUUUCACACAAUAUCAGAUUUUGAUUCCUUUUUAUUAACUAAGAUCUUAUGUAUCAAGCUGCUUUGGUUAAAUUAUCAUGGAGAAUUGAUUACCAAUAAAAAAUUCAAAAUGUGAUUUUUUUCAGACAUUUUGUGAGUCCAGCAGCUACUCUGUAGAGAACUGCAUGUAAUCCACAUGAGUUUUUUAAUAGUAAUUUCCUUUUGGUUUAAUUAUAACCAGCAGAUUUACAGAUAUUUUAAUAAAGUGAAGAUAAGCUGAGCUGUUAGCUUACUGUUGUUGUUGUUUUUGUAAAUAUGGGAAAAUUGUGGACUGGAUCUUACAUAUACUAUGGAGCACUGUAUGAAAAGAAAUGUCACAAUUUUGGAUUUGAUAAACAAGCUUUUUGUAUAUGUGUUGUUUUCCCAAGGAAUAGUACUUUUUAUUGGUGGGUUAGGUUGUGCUAAGAAAUAAAGUUAUAUGUGACAAUUUCUGUGUAAUUAUCAUGUAGAAAAAUCUAUUGCUUAAUAAAAUAUGUAUUCAAAACUA